AUGUCUAAUCCGUACCCUAAGCCUGCAGAGGACACAGCAGCCCAAAACUCUAGACAACUCGAGAAUGCUAUCAAAGCAUUCCAACAACGUAAACCGGUCCAGCAGGUCGACCUGACGGUUCAUAAAAUGGACGACGGCACUGAGGCCUCCACAGUUGACCGUGUUGUUCAAACGGUUCGUGCUCCUGCAUGGCGCAAGCCCACAGACGAAGAGUUUUUUGACAAGUCCGAUCCUACAAAACCCAACCUCGAGUUUCUUAAAAGCCACCUUUACAGAGAAGGUCGUCUUACGGAUGACCAAGCUCUCUAUAUUAUCAAUUCUGCCUCGGAAACUAUGCGCUCAGAACCAACCCUCCUCGAAGUCAGCGCCCCAGUUACCGUCUGUGGCGAUAUCCAUGGCCAAUAUUAUGAUCUUAUGAAGCUCUUUGAAGUCGGUGGAGACCCCUCCAAAACCCGCUACCUCUUCCUCGGAGACUACGUCGACCGUGGUUACUUCUCCAUUGAGUGCGUGCUCUACCUUUGGGCUCUCAAGAUGUGGUACCCCGACUCGGUGUUUCUGCUGCGCGGCAACCACGAGUGUCGCCACCUCACAGGCUACUUUACCUUCAAGCUCGAGUGCGAGCACAAGUACAAUGAAAAAAUUUAUGAUGCUUGCAUUGCUUCCUUUUGCACUUUACCCUUGGCCGCUGUCAUGAAUAACCAGUUCCUUUGUGUUCAUGGUGGCCUAUCGCCUGAGCUCCAUACCCUCGACGAUCUACGGACUCUUAACCGUUUCCGCGAGCCGCCCACCCAUGGUCUUAUGUGUGACCUGCUUUGGUCCGAUCCGGCAGAAGACUUUGGCCGCGAAACUACCUCAGAACAUUUCACCCGCAACGAUGUCCGUGGGUGCUCGUAUUUUUACACAUACGCUGCAACAUGCGCAUUUCUCGAACGCAACAAACUGCUCUCUGUCAUCCGUGCCCACGAGGCACAAGACGCUGGCUACCGCACAUACCAACGUACUCGCACAACCGGUUUCCCCAGUUUAAUGACUAUCUUUUCUGCUCCUAACUACCUCGACUCUUAUAAUAAUAAGGCUGCUGUUCUAAAGUAUGAAAAUAACUCCAUGAACAUUCGUCAAUUCAACAGCUCGCCACACCCAUACUGGCUGCCUAACUUUAUGGAUGUCUUCACCUGGUCUCUUCCCUUUGUAGGAGAGAAAAUCACCGAUAUGCUCAUUGCUAUUCUCAACAUUUGUACCAGAGAAGAGCUUGAGGAAGAUACCGUUUUGGAUAUGAACAAUUCCACCGUUCGCCAAGCCAUUGCCGGAUCUGAUGCCAGCGGUUCGUCCACCGCUGGCUCUUAUAAUGGAGGCGUUGGUUCAUCAAUUGCUCCCGGCUCUACGUCCGCUGGCGGUAACAAUGCUCAGAAUUUGAGCAUUGAAGAGCGCCGCGCCGCUAUGCGCAAUAAGAUUAUGGCUAUUGGCCGCAUGUCACGUAUUUUCCGUGUGCUGCGGCAAGAAAACGAGAGUGUCAGCGAGCUCAAGGCACAAUCUGGUGGAAAACUGCCUGCAGGUACUCUGUUCCUUGGAUCAGAAGGUAUCCGCAGGGCCAUUUGUACGUUUGAUGAUGCCAGACGUGCAGAUAGAGCUAACGAGGCGUUGCCACCGACGCACGAAGAAGCUGUUGCACAGAACGAGUUGGCACGUCAGGAACAUAUGCGCCAGGCAAUGUCUGAAGCCGAUCAUGAUGAAAAUAUCCAGCAACUUGCUCGCCGGUUAAGCAUGGGUUAA